UUUUGAAAGGGGCGAGCAAUCGGAGGGGCCUGGAGCACUCACACUCAUGAGAUAAAUAUAUAUCAGCAUCAUCUGGAAAUUUAUUCAAAUUUCCGGUCCCUUGUUUUAUCCACGUGGACUAAUUCCAAUGGGGAUUUUGUAGCUGUGGGGAAAAAAAUUGAGGAUGUGGAUUCUACAGAGUGUGACAUUUUUGAUAAUUGUCCUGUGGGCCGGAUGUGACGUUUGUUAUUGUAAUUUCAAACGGCCCACGGUUUUGGUUGCUGUGCUAGUGAGGAAUAAAGCUCAUACUUUGCCGUAUUUUCUCAGCCUCUUUGGAAAUUUGAAUUAUCCGAAGGAGAGGAUUAGUCUAUGGAUUCGAAGUGACAACAAUGUAGAUAACUCCAUAGAAAUCCUCACGGAAUGGUUAAACGGAGAAGGAAAAAAUUAUCAUUCUGUAAAUGCAAAAUUGAACGAAGAAUCUCAUGGAUUUAAUGACGAGAAAGGAACAGCUGACUGGUCCAAUGAUCGAUUUUCUCAUGUUAUUAAUUUACGACAGGAAGCAUUAGACUAUGCACGAAGAGCGUGGGCUGAUUACAUUUUUAUGCUGGACGCUGAUAUUUUCCUAACGAAUCCCAAUACUUUAAAUCUGUUAAUUGAUAAGGAGAAUAGUGUCGUAGCCCCUCUACUGAAGUCCGAUGGGUUGUACAGUAAUUUCUGGGCAGGAAUGACCCAGGAUUAUUAUUACGAGAGAACUGAGAGAUAUAAACCGAUAGUGAAUCGUGUAGAAAAGGGCUGUCAUGUUGUUCCAAUGGUUCAUAGCGCUGUGCUGAUAGACCUUGGGAGGAAGGAGAGUGAUCAUCUCACCUAUGACCCAAGGAAUAUUGAAAAUUAUGCUGGUCCUGAUGAUGACAUUAUAGCGUUUGCUCUUGGUGCUAAUUCAUCUGGAAUUUCUCUUCACGUGUGUAACGACGAAAUUUACGGAUAUGUCAUGGUUCCAUUAGAGUCAGAAGAUCCCCUCGAAGCAGAUCUUGAGCAGCUGACAAAUUUGAAAUUAGAAAUUUUGGGGUAUCAGCUCGAAAUUCCGGUAUCCCCGAAAUUGAAGAAAUACAUAAAGUAUCCAAGGAAAGAUACUCUCGGAAUGGACCACGUCUUCAUGAUAAAUCUAGAGAGGCGUACUGAGAGACGUUCGAGAAUGGAAAGAUGCUUCGAUGAGCUAGGGAUCGAGGCAGAGACACUUGCUGCAGUGGACGGUCGGAAAUUGAACGAGACAGUUCUGACGGAUUGGGGGAUCAAGAUGAUGCCGCAGUAUGCUGAUCCUUAUCACAAAAGACCUAUGAAAAUGGGAGAAAUUGGAUGCUUCCUUAGUCACUACAUCAUCUGGAAAAGGAUGAUCGAUGACAAUUAUAAACAAGCUAUGGUGCUAGAAGAUGAUGUUCGUUUUGAACCUUAUUUUCGAAAUAAAAUCAACGUUGUUAUGGGUGAAUUGAAGAAUUUACACCUGGAAUGGGAUUUAGUAUAUUUAGGCCGUAAACGGAUGCAGGAAGAGGAUGAGCCUUACGUCAAAGGUUCCAAAUAUCUCGUUCACGCUGGCUACAGUUAUUGGACCUUAGGCUAUAUCUUAUCCCACACAGGAGCGCAAAAACUACUCAACGCUAAGCCACUAAAUUCUCUCAUCCCAGUGGAUGAAUAUCUCCCCAUUCUCUUUGACAAACACCCACGAGCCAACUGGAAAGGAUACUUCCCGAAGCGGAAUUUAAUUGCGUUUUCGACAGCGCCAUUAUUAGUUUAUCCCACACAUUAUACCGGCGAGUCUGGCUACAUUAGUGAUACGGAAAAUUCUAAUAUUAUUGCAGCAGAUAAAAUUGUAGUGAUGAAGAAUGAAUUGUAAGAGGGGA